CUAGUUUGUUAAAUCGGAUGCAAUUGCGUGCUGAGCAGUCUGUAUCAGGUGAUAACUCCACUAUUAAUGUAUCUGUACCCCCUGCUAGAAGUGAUGUUCUUCAUCCAUGUGAUGUUAUGGAGGAUGUUGCUAUUGCUUAUGGCUACAACAAUAUUAAGGAUAUUGCAGUGGCUAAGGGUUACAAUAUUUCAAAGGGAAGGGCUGUGACUUUGAAGCCACUGCGCUUGGAAGAGUUUAGUCAUCUUAUCAGAUUGGAGAUGGCAAUGUGUGGGUUUACAGAAGUCUUGUCAUUCAUUUUGUGCUCGCUUGGUGAUAAUUUUGCAAUGUUAAAUCAUGAAGACGACGAAUCAACUGCAGUAAUUAUUGAAAAUCCUCGUUCCUCUGAAAAUGAGACUGCUCGUACCAGUCUUAUGUCUGGUAUAUUGAAAACUGUUGGACAGAACAAAGCCCAUCCAAAGCCCAUAAAGAUUUUUGAAGUGGGUGACGUAGUGCUGUUGGAUGAGACAAAAGAUGUGGGUGCAACAAAUCGUCGCCAACUUGCUGCUCUAUAUUGUGGUGCUACUGCAGGAUAUGAGAUAAUUCAUGGCUUGGUGGAAAGAAUCAUGCAAGUGAUUGGGCUUGUUCCACCUGAUGACAAUACAUCAUACUAUCUAAAACCUUCAGAUGAACCUGAGUUUCUUCGGGGAACACAAGCUAGCAUCAUUUACAAAGGGAAGCAAAUAGGAACUUCUGGAAUUGUGCACCCUGAGGUCUUGAGCAAGUUUGACAUUCCGGAUCCUUGCUCCUAUUUUGAACUCAACAUUCAGUGCUUUUUGUAGGGUUUGGUUCAUAACAGAAGACGCACAUCGGCCGUGCUUCCGAUGCUAACUCAUUUAGCAGCUCUAACAGCUACGAAGGACAACAUCAUAGGCAUCCCCAUAAGCAAAAAACUCGUGCUGUUGACUUUGGAGCCAUGCUAGUUGUAGGGAAUAAUAUGAGUUCAGUUGCCAAGAUGGGGCGUGAUAUAGUAUAAUUUAGAUUGGCUGGCAUAUCAAAAAGGAUAUUUUCUGUUGUUUUUGCUUUUUGUCUUUUGAAUUUCUGCCAAAAGGUAUUAUGAAUCUAUGAUAGGAGAUGCUUUUGUUGAGUGAA